AUGAUUCCGUUCGGACGCGAUCCAGAUUUCGUGGACCCAGGAUCUCUCAUAGACUGGGUACAUGAAUUAAGCUCUGAGCCUUCGGCCAGACUGGCACUGGUUGGCUUCGGUGGAGUUGGCAAAUCUCAGGUUGCCAUCGAAUACACCUACUGGAUUCGGGAGCGAUCACCUAGAGCUUGGGUUUUCUGGGUCCACGCUAGCGAAAUUGUGCGAUACGAAGAGGGCCUCCGAGAUAUCGCGGAGCGUGUCAAAAUUCCACGUCGUCAAGACCCAGCUGCCAAUAUCUUUCAGCUCGUUGGGAGUUGGCUUGAGGACCUACAAGAAGAACGGUGGGUUCUCAUCCUUGACAAUAUUGACGAUGAUGAAUAUCUUUACAAGCCAGCCUUCAAGAAUUCGACAUCAGCCCGCAAUGACGAACGAGCUGAGCUACCAAACCAUCAAGGCAGGCUUUCUGAGAAAUCGCCCCUUGAAUUUCUUCCAAGCACCCCGAAUGGGUCCAUUAUUAUCACGACUCGCAGCAAGCGCAUUGCAAUGAACCUUGUCAAUGAAUGCGAUAUCAUAACAGUCGAGCCUUCGGAGAGUCAUGCAAUUGCUUUGCUUCAGAGAAAACUUCAAAACAAAGUCGCCACGGAUGAAUUGAGCCUGAAAAGUCUUGCUCGGGAACUUGACUGGAUAGCACUGGCUAUCGUUCAAGCAGCGACUUUCAUUGCAAGGCACUCCCCUCGAUGUUCUGUGUCACAGUAUCUUCGAAUGUUCCGAGAGAGCGACAAAGCAAGAACGAGUCUUUUGAGACGUCAAACCAGAUUGUUGCAUCGUGAUCGGAGAACCGAAAAUUCCAUCAUAGUAAGCCUGCAAAUGUCCUUCGAAUCAAUCCGAAAAGAGAAUCCACAAGCCGUGAAUCUUCUGUCCUUGAUGAGCUUUUUCGACCGACAAGGGAUCCCAGAUUAUGUACUGCAAGCAUCAUUCCAUUAUGAUGAUAAUGAUGAAACUAAGAGUGAUAUCGACGAAGGCUAUACGCCAUUUGGACCUGCUUAUCAGAGAGAGAAUAACAAGGUCUUAACACAUCCAAAUGGCAGCAUUGAUGACAUAGCUACGUUCAAUCUGUCUCAGUUAGAAUUCGAGGACAGCGUCGCCACGCUCAAAGACUACUCUUUCAUUUCCAUUGAUCCCGAGACGCUUACCUUCGAGAUGCAUGGUCUUGUGCAACUUUCGAUCCAGGAGUGGCUUAGGACACAAGAAAGGCUCGAGCAUUGGAAAGAGACUUUUAUCCGAAAUCUAUAUCUGGAAUUUCCAAAAUUCACCAAUUUCGAAAAUAUCUCUAGAUCUCGAGCCUUGUUCCCACAUGUUCAGUCAGCGUUAUCACAUGGUCCCGAUUCAAAUUAUCGACUAAGAUGGGCCAGACUAGUUCGUCAUGCCUCUGAUUAUGUGCUCUACUGCGAUAAACCAAAUGAAGCGAAACGCAUGACUGUCAUCUCACGGAAGGAGACCGAGGAUAGUCUCGGAUGGGAAUAUCCAGAGACAAUAAUUGCCUCCGGCUUCGAAGUAAAAGCACUGAUGAACUGCCAAGACCUCAAGACUGCCGAGGAGAGAUGUCUCCAAACGAUCGAAGCAUGUACGAAUUUUCAUCUAGAAACGGGCCACACAGUCUAUCUCGCGUUUCGCCAGCUUCUUGCCGAGAUACAUCAUCGACAAGGCUCUCAUCGGUGGGCUGAAUCUGAAUCUGAAUAUAAAGAGCUAUGGAAGACGUGGGAGCGAGAAUAUCCGGACAAUGGAGAUUCCAUUACCUACAUUAAGGCAGCUCUAGCCGAACUAUAUCAAGAUCAAAAUCGUCUUGACGAAGCGGAGAUUCUACUUCAACAACUGAUAGAACCACACAAUACAGUUCAAACAGGGAGGCCUCGAGACCUGAAUUAUCACAUGAAGGACUUGGCAUCUUUGUAUCGAAAACAAGGUCGACAUGAAGAAGCGAUGACACUUUUUGCACAGGUGCUUGAAAGCGAAGGAGAUCAAUUUGGGCUAGAGCAUCCGCGAACACUUUCGAGCAUGAGAAGUUUUGCAUGCGCAAAGGAAACCCAAACUCAGCCCCGGGAAGCGAUGUUACUGAUGCAAGAAGUCUUCGAAAAGCAGAAAAUGGUUCUUGGAUUAGACCAUAUGGAAACAACAUACACUGCAACUCUACUGGUCGACUUACUAGUAAGAAAUGACGAGCUAGAAGCCGCCGCAUCUCUAGCCGAAAGCUUGAUCAGCGUUCUUGACCCAGAUGCUCAUUUUGCCCUCGCCUGUUCAGAUAGACUUGGACGCAUAUAUCUAGCACAAGGCCAAGGAGAGAAGGCUAGAGAUAUCAUGAUCAAAUCACUCGAAAGAAAGAGACAACUUCACGGAGUUGAGCAUGAUGAAGUGAUCGAUGCCCAAUUUGGUCUGGCAUUAUGGCACGAGGAGCAAGGCCAACUUCGUGAGGCCGAGGCUCUCCAUCAGUACAUGUACCAGGUUCGCAAGCGAACUCUUGGUAGCGAACACCCAAAGACACUUACAAGUCUCCAAGGACUUGUAGAUCUGUAUUUGAUGCAUGGUGGUCUAGUCAGUUCUGAGUCACUAUCGUCGAUUCUAACUCAACUCUCCAUGUCAAGAGAAGGAAUUCUUGGUAGAGAGCAUCCUCAGACUCUUCUGAAUCUAUUUGGACUGUCACUGGAGUAUACUUCACAGGAAAAGUCGGUUGAUGCUGCUGUUUUACAGCAAGAGAUUCUUGAGAUCUGCCUACGGAAAUCUGGAAAUGGGUUUGAUGCGCUACCACUUCUGCUGGAAGCAUUAGUUGCCAGCUGGGACAAGCUCGGUCGUGAUGAGGAUGCUGCAUGCCUGGAAAGACACAUCGAGUUUAUUUUGGACGAUAUGUCCCCUGAAGAAAUUGCGACGCUACUCAAUUCCUCGAAAACUUUGGCAGGCGUUUUGGAAAGAUCGUUCUCAAUUGCGCAAGCGUCAAGUGGAUAA